GUGACCGCAAGCUUCCGGGAAAACCACGUGCAUGUCAAAUUUAUAAACACAACAUAGUGGCGAAGUGUUAGGAAAUCAUUUGCCAUGGGAAAAGCAAAGAAAAAGAAAAAGGAUUUUCAGAAAGUUAAGCUGAAGGUUGGCAAGCAGUUAAAAAAGGCUGAUAAUGUGACUACAGGUAGUUUUCAGACUAGAUCUAUACAAGUGAUCCAACGACUCAAAUCCAAUGACUCUCAGCCUAGUACAAAACGAAACCUUAACAUAAAGGAGCUGUUGACGCAAUGCCAACACUAUAGUAUAUCGGUCCGACAUGACGCCCUGACAGGAAUGCGUGAACUCUUGACGACAUAUCCUGAUCUCAUCAGGUCACAUCUGUCAGUGGUUUUAGAACGUACUGCGUCAAUGUUCUCUGACAAAGAUGCGGCAGUACGCCAAGCUAACAUCAAACUUCUGAAAUCAGUCCUACCACUUGUAUCGGAACGGCAAAUCACCUCCUUCUUUCCAAUCAUUAGUGCCCACUUGUGUUGUGCUAUGUCUCAUAUUUAUGAUGACAUACAGUCAGACUCUCUCAAGAUACUCGAUCUUUUUCUAGAUAACUUUGCUCAACUGGUCAUAGGAAGCUCCAACCAGCUUCUUCCAAAUUUCAUCGAGCAGAUUUCUUCCUCGAAAACUACAGGUGAUAAAAAGCGAACUCUGAAUGUCAAUCCUAACAGAAAAACAACAUCCCAGAAGUGGAGAAGCACAGUUUUAGAAAGACUACACAAACUUCUAACAGCUGUAAUGAAGUACGAACUAACUGGGAAAAUAACUCCGGGUCAAGGUCAAUCUCAAUCGGGAAAUCUGAUGUCCAGGCCCAGCUGUAAGAUGGUUCGGUGGGAGAGGGACUGUGAUUGUGGACAUUUACCAAUACCACAGACAUUUUUAUCUAGACUUGACUCCAGUGGUGUGCUCAUUAGAUCUAGUCAGAUUUCCAAAAAGACUGCCACAGAGGAUGGUUAUGCUCUGACAGGUGAGGGAGGAAUGGAGAAGUUCGUUCAGGUGUUAGUUCCCCUUUUGUUGGAAUGCUGGGUAGAGGCAGAGGGUUCACAUCACAUGUCUAAUAAAAAAGGUCACAGUAACUUGAUUUCCCAGGAGUCUCUUGGUAUUCGAGGAAGUGUCCUACAGGUUAUACAGUUGCUUUGGCAAUGUGUUCAUAAGAACAAUCUGCCUUUGAUGGAGACUAUGAAAAAUAAAUACCUGUCCGACUUCAGGAGCCAAUUCCUUCAGCAUUUCCCCUACGCUGUUCACCAGCCAGCUGAAAGGACAGGGAAAGAGAAAAAACCAAAACAAAGCUCAGAAAUACAGCCUUCAGCAACGAGUCUGAAUCUGGCUGUGUGUGACAUCAUGGCCCACUUUAUGUCACUCCCAGCUGACCAAUCACAGAAGCAUGGUGCAUCAUCAUGGGUGUCGGACAUCUUUGGUUACCUUGGUGACAUAGUCCAAGAAGAGGGGCUUAGUUCACAGGACCAACACACGGUGAUGAUGAUCAUUAACCGCCUUUUGUCUCGAUAUCAAGAUCAUGGUUGCCUAGACAACUUGCUGCUACAGAUGCUGAAUAGGUACACAAGUUGCCACCCUCUUGCCAACCAACGGAAAGAACUGUUGAAUUUCUUCUCUGAUAUCUUCAUGGACCAUCAAUUUGAGGACCUCAUUAACUCCAACAUGGCUAUCACUUUUCUGGGAACAUUGCCGGACAUGUUUUUUAAAUCUAUAUCUAACCGCCAGAUGGCAGCACAAGUUUUAAUGGUGAUGAAAAAAGCGGUGUGUCAAUCCAAAAUGUCAACAGCUGCUAUGGAUGUCAUACAGAGCUUUGUGGAUCAAGUUUUAGAGAAGUCCUCAACAGUAUUUACCAAUCUUGAAAGUAGUACACAGAAAAGGUUUGUGGAGCUGAUAUAUUAUGUACCUCCACUCCAGGAGAGCUCCCUGUCCUCCAUUGUGAGGCUGUGCAGGUGUCCUCAAGUGCCUGUGGAUAUUUGUUUGUAUCUUAUACAAAUACUACAUCACAGAUAUAUGAAGGAGAAUCCAGCAGUUGAUGAAAGUAUCUGUCACAUCAGUACACUUCUCAGUAUACUCAUCUCACCAGCAGAUGAUGACAAUGAAGAUAAGGAAACUGAAGCCACGUUUGUUCACUGUCAUGGUAACCGUCAACUUUGCUGUCAUUUUGACCUGGUGAUUUGGGAAAGAUCUUUGACUGUGAUAAAGGCAGUGUGUUCCAUCUUCCAGCAGUUCAGAAACACGUCACAGGUCGCAGAAGUUUUAGAGUCAUUUCUACAAUCUUACCUGAAUGAAAAGAGCAAACUUUCAAGCCAAAACCUGAUGUCCAUUACUAUUCUAGCCAAUCACAUGAACUCUUGGAAAUGUCCAAUGAGGAGGAACCUUACAGAGCUUGUGUGUGGCUACAUUUGGUGCUUGUUCAAUAUAUUUGUAGCCAAUGGGGCACAAGUAUCGGACUUUAUCCAAAAUCUGAAAACAGAGUGUGCAGAUUUUGUUGAUCUCAGCAGAGGUCGGAGUUCCUGAGUUUUCUGGAAAAUAUGUCCCAGGAUUUCAGCAGAGCUUCUGAUGAGGGUGAUAUACAGAGAGUGUGUGAAGCAGCCUCUAUCCUACUGAGACACCAGGGGACCAACAUACACCAACACGCUAGCUCUGUUAACAUUAUACUAACAUCGGCUAAGACUAAGUUUCCUUCUGUUAUAAAUAAACAGUGGUGGUCAGAUUUUCUCUAUCUGGUGUCACUGGUCAGCUGAAGAACUGGAUGAAAGAGGUAAUUUCAUCAUCGGUAACUGAUCAGCUGAGGGACAGUUAAAAUGGACAUCUCAUAACUGGUCAGGAAAUGGAAAAUGUCAAAGUGGACAAAGUCAGAGUGGGCAAAAUCAGAACGGGCAUCUCAAGGAAUGCUGCUGGUCAGAAAAUUGAUUGGGUGAAAGUGGUCAUUUCAUCAUCAUUUAAGAGUCAGCAAAUGGAUAUCGUUAACGUGGACAAAAUAAAAGUGGACAUCUCAGGAAUAGCUGCUGGUCAGCUAUUCAAUGAGUUAUUCAUAUUUUAGCUGUGGGACACCAUCAAAGUGGAUGCUGAACAUCUUGAGAUUGGCCGCUGACCGCUGUCUGGCCACUGAUAACAGUUCUAAAGGCAAGGUCAGAAUGGACGUGUUGUGGUCUGUAAUUGGUCACCAGCAGGAGAAUUACAGCAAACAUUUAUCCUGGUAGUUGCUUGUGUUUGGAAUACAGUUUAAGCAGAUUGCUGUCAAGUUCUGAUGUCGGUGACCAGCAGUCCCUUAAAAUAACCCAAUCUCUCAUGUCAUCGGUCAAUGUAUUCAAUUAUGAGUUUCAUAGCACAUAUAACCUUGAUCAGACAUUGGCUCGCAUUGAUAUUAGACGUACACCCAUAAACUGAAAUUUCCUUGCCCAUGGUAAUUGAUUGCGAUUGUGAAUAUGCAGGAGUUACUGGAGAAACCUUUGUAACGUAAACUAACUUAUCGUUGUUCAUCAGAUAUGAAAAUCCAUGGCAGAUUUGUGAAACAUUAAUACCUUAAUAAACUAGGGGUCUCUGUACAAGAUAUUACGGUUGUUUGUUUGGUAGGUUUAUCACCCCAUGGACAGCCAGGGUCAUUUUGAGGCUGGGUCUCCUUGUAGUAGUUGGUAGCUACCUCACUGAACAGCUCACGGGAGGCCUUAGGCAUGCUAUCCAGAGCAAUUAGGGUAAAGUUUCUUGCCAAAGGACACAACCACCACAACAAUAAACCUGCCCAUUUCUCAGCUUCAUGAAGAAAUACAAAAUGACUCGGGUAGCAAGCGUCGAACUGUGCACCUCCGCGGUUAAGUCAGGAUAUUAUUUACUUAUGAUUUUAGCUAUUUGCUCUAAAGACAUAUCUAAUUUGCUUUCUGCUGAAUAUUGACAGAUUUUAAAAGUGUCUUACCAAAGUACAAGGUAUACUUCACAUUCAGUCCUGGUGUAAUGUAUUGUUUUAUAUCACAUCUCGAGAAUAAAACAAAUGUAAUAUCAAAUGUCCAGCUUUUUAAUUGUAUUUCUCUGAUACGACAUAACCCAGAGCAUUGCCAUAGUGCAUCUCCAGUACCUUCUGAAAUGUGAUUGGUAUCCUGUAUAUAUUUGUAACAACUGACAAGUUAUUUGUGUAUCAGAACUAUCUUCUAGAAAAUAUCUAUAACUAUAAUCGAACACCAUUUAAAUGUUUAUCACAAUCUGUUCAGUUUGACCAGAGUUUCCAUUUAUAAAAUAAAGACAGACCUGGUUAAUAUUGUAUAUUUUCAUUUCUGCCGAAUCUUGACAGAUCUAGAACUUGAACUAGAAAAAUGCUUGAAAUGUUACAUUUAAUAAGCAUACUGUGUGGGUAUUGCUAAAGCAAUAGAUGUUCCCUAUCAGCCCCAGCUAAAAUUAGUAAGUGACCUUGACCUUGACCUAAAAUCAUUGAAACUCAAAUUUGUCAGCAAUAUUAUGGUCCUUUAUCAUUGUGUGAAGUUUGAUCAAAAUCUGUCUGAGAAUGAAGCCGCUACAGUGCUGACAAAUAUUUUUGUUACAUAUGUACAAGACAGAGGGGGAGAAACCCUAUAGUCCCCAUGCUGUCACCGGAGACUAAAAAUAGCCAAACUGGUUUGUUGACAAACAAGUAAAAAAUUCCAUUCCUGUGAUCAGUAGUUUGUUCUCCAGUAACUUGCAUGUAGAUACAAAAUGAUAUUUUAUGGAUGGUACUCCCAAACUCUAACACUGACAGGUCAGCAAGGCCCCUCCCCCUCCAGUGGGACCCCAAUACAUUGUGGGGAUUGUAUAGGUGUCUAAAUGGAAUGUCAGUUAUUAGUCAUAUGACAUGUAAACAUCAAAAACAACAAAACAUUGUCCAGAGGCACUAAAGUUUAUUAUCACAGCUAGCAGUAACAUGUAUAUAUAGAAAACUUAAUUGGUUUAAAGCUUAUUUGGAUAAAUCAUAGCUUACCAGUCAGUCUUUAGUUUUAACAGGGUAUAAUAAUUUAGUUCAUUUUGGUUUCAACAGUUAAGGGGCUAAUUAAACAAAACAUUUAAUUAAACUCUGAACAAGCUCAAGCAGGUAAACUAUGAUUUUCCUUCUUAAAGCAAACAAGUAUAAGUAAUUAAUUUGACA